AGCAGACCCCUUUCCAUCAUUAGACGUCACCCCCUUGGGGAUCACAAAAGAAAAAUUGUUCGUAAAAGGACUCCGAAUCUUUAUUGUGACCCUUACUGUAACUCAGAGGGCUGCGUUCAUGAAGGUGUCGUGGAAGGUAAAAAGCGAUGCUUCGGGGGGAAAAUGGACAACGAAUUCGCUGAAGAAUUAUCAAUUUAUAAAUUGUCAUCUUUGGGCUGGUCUGCAGCGCACCGGAAUUUGAGUCAAGGUGAUCUCGGCAUUCGCAUCACCCUCGAUGCUUCGGAUGAGCAGUGGAAUGCGAAAUUCAACGCCGAACGUGAUGAUGGCUCUGACACUACGCGUCAAGCUUGA